AUGAUUUUGAACGCUCCCUGGCCAAACCGCGGCAGCUUGAAGUCGGUGGCCCACAGAAGAUCGUUGUUGGAGAAUAUGAUGGGCACAGCCGGAACAGACGUUGAUUUCGUUCUGCGGGUGCCCAGCAGACCGUUUUCCGAGUUCAGCAGGUCCAAGACGAUCUGGAUGUCCGACCCCAUGUCUCUCGGGUCGUUGAACACGAGAAUCGAGUCGAUCGGCUCGUUUGUCCCGCCAACAGCUACCCGACUCAGCUCGGGGUCCAACCCCCACUCGUCAACCUCGUGGGUCGUAUACUUGUGGAACGGCCAGAUACUUGGGUUCGCCUUGAUCAGGUCAAUAGGUCUUAACACCUCCUGGAACCCAUACUCCUGA